CUUCGCUACAGGAGACACCUGUUAGUGUCUGUUUUAGCGGGCAGGUGGUGUCUGAAGGACACUUAAUCUACCAACAGGUGGUCUGUAGUAACGUCUUUCGGAGUACAGACACGUGUAUGCGGCGGCUGGAUUCCUGAUUCUCUGAUUCCUGCUUCUCUGCCGUGGAGCUAACACUACAGUAACAGCAGCAGGAGCUACCGUCUGUGUGCGUGUGUGUGAUUACUGUGAGAGAAGGGCGUUACCUUACGGAGUUUGUACCGGGGAGAGCUCGGGAUGGCGCCCGGCCGGAGAAACAGCCUAGCCGGGAGAUAGGAGCUGCAGCAACCCGCUAGCCUGGCGGGGAGGGGACGGCUCUAACCCACCGGCCGCGCGGAAUUAUGGAAAUUUGGACCUUACUGACUGUGUGUGUACUACUGAGUCUCGUCAGGAACUGUGUGCAGCUUGCGUCCGCCGAGCAGACAAGGACUGUGGCGGACCUGUUGGAGAACCUGGAGGAUUACCAGACCGUCAUACCGCGGAGGGUGGACCACACGGGCAAACUCACGUCCUUCAGAGUCAUGAACAAGCCCAGAACUAGAACCAGACGCGGGCUCAGCAAACUAGGAACCGACCAACAGGAUGAUGAGAACGAGCAGAUAUUUUACAUGAUAGCCGCUUACGGCAGAACGUUUCACUUGAACGUGACCAGAAACCGCGGCUUGGUGUCGGCGGGUUAUGUGGUGGAGAGGUGGGGACACAACGGCACGGUGACGUCAUCACGCAGGGGUGUGACGUCACGGCACGCGGCGUGCCACUACACCGGCACCAUCCGGGACCUUCAGCAUUCCAGCGUCGCCAUUAGCAACUGUCACGGACUGCGAGGCGUGUUCUCCACGGGUACGGGAGAGGAGUUCGUGGUGGAGCCCGCGCGGAACGGGACGGACCGGCCGCCCGCCCCGGGGCACCCGCAUCUGGUCUACCGACGCUCCGCACUCAGGACGCACGGCACCGACCCGCCAUGCGGGGUUAAAGUAACGCACCGGCCGCCCGUCCCGGGAACACCCCCACCUGGUCUACCGCCGCUCCGCACUCAGGACGCACGGCACCGACCCGCCCUGCGGGGUUAA